AUCUUUGAUAUCUGAAUUUCUGAUUUUGAUCAGCUCAUUUAUCAUUGCAAUACAUGGCUGAGGAAAAUUUUGAGGAGCACAACUUAGGUGAUAUGCAAGAAGAGAUGGAGAAUGUUAUUGUGACCCCACAUCCUCCAGAAGAAACACUGGAAGCUGAAAAUCAUUCCAGAGGCAGUGAGGAAAAGAGAUGGCCUGGAUGGCCUGGAGAAAAUGUAUUUAGGAUGUUAGUUCCCGUUCAAAAGGUUGGCAGUAUCAUUGGACGCAAAGGUGAAUAUAUCAAGAAAACUUGUGAGGAAACCACGGCUCGCAUUAAGAUUCUUGAUGGUCCUCCUGGGACCACUGAAAGAACUGUUUUGCAAAUUAAGCAACAUUUCAAUCUAUCAGGUGGCUUCAAACCAGAAGAAUCAAAGAGCCAGAUUGCAGCUAUCAACAUUGAGCAUUAGAAGUGCUGAAAUGUUUUUCUGACUCUCUGUCAGAAAUGUAUUGUUCAUACAUCUGUACAAAGGAGCAUUGCUCUAUAUCUGGUAACUUCAGAACUUGGUUGAUUGGUGUCUUGCCAAAGUUGUUAAACUCUACGCAAAAGAAUAAUAUGACAAAUGAAACUAACAAGAAGUAAUAAUAAAUAACAAAUUACUUAUUU